AAAAUCUAUUAAAUAUUCGGUUUUUUUGUGUGAUUUUAAUCUUUUAAUCUCGUACAAUGGCUGAAGACGAUGAGGAUAUAGGCCACAGAGUGAUGGCACCUGCUGCGCGCAAGUCAGAUGAAGAAACUGCGUUUCUUCAAUUCAUCGAAAUGGAAAACUUUAAAUCGUAUCGCGGCCACAUUGUUGUUGGUCCUUUGAAGCAAUUCAAUGCCGUUAUUGGGCCCAAUGGUUCUGGCAAAUCAAACUUCAUGGACGCCAUCAGUUUUGUAAUGGGCGAAAAGACCUCCAGUCUGCGUGUGAAGCGACUAAACGAUCUAAUCCAUGGCUCAUCCAUCGGCAAGCCAGUGGCGCGCAGCUGCUAUGUGACGGCCAAAUUUAUUUUGGAUGGCGAGAAGCAUAUGGAUUUUCAACGCGCAGUAAUUAGCGGCUCCUCAGAGUACCGCAUCAAUGGCGAUAGCGUCUCGAGCAACACUUACCUGAACAAGUUGGAAAAACUUGGCAUCAAUGUGAAGGCAAAGAAUUUUCUAGUGUUCCAAGGAGCUGUCGAAAACAUAGCAAUGAAAACGCCAAAGGAACGCACUGCGCUCUUUGAAGAAAUUAGCGGUUCGGGACUUCUGAAGGAUGACUACAAUCGUCUCAAGCAGGAAAUGAUUGUCGCUGAGGAGGAGACACAGUUUACGUACCAGAAGAAAAAGGGCAUCGCUGCCGAACGCAAAGAGGCCAAGCAUGAGAAAAUGGAAGCGGAACGCUACACACGCUUACAGGAUGAAUAUAACGAAAAACAAGUUGAGUAUCAAUUGUUUCGAUUGUUUCACGUUGAGAAGGACGUUCUAAAGUAUAACGCCGACUUGGAAGUGAAGCAGCAGGAAUUGAAAGCUGUGGAAUUACGCAAAGAGGCUGCUGACGAGGUGCUUCGUGAAAAGAAGAAAGACGCGGGCAAAAUUACUCGAGAUUUGGCUAGAAUUGAUCAGGAGAUACGUGAAUUCGAGACGCAACUAAAUAAACGACGUCCACUAUACAUAAAGGCAAAGGAAAAGGUUGCGCAUUGCAAGAAAAAGCUGGUGUCCUUGCAGAAGACGUUGGAGACAGCGCGCGAGGCGGACAAUGCACACCAGUUGGAUAUCCAAAAGCUGGAGAAGCAAUUGAGCGAUGUGGAGCUGUUGAAGAAGCGGUUCGAGGAUGAGAUCGAGAACGAGUCGCAGCGACGUGGCAAAAGCGUCAAUAUGGAGGAGGGACUUCAACAGGAAUAUGAUCGACUCAAACAGGAAGCAGAAGCGACCGCCACACAAUAUCGCUCCGAGUUGGACUCGGUCAAUCGUGAGCAGAAAUCGGAACAAGAUAUGCUUGAUGGCGAAACGAAUCGCAGGGCGUCUGUCGAAGAGUCUUAUAAGAAGUUAUCCUUGCAGCGCGAAGAAGCUGUCAAGCGGCGGGACAAGCUUAUGGAUCACAUUAAAUCAUCUCAAGCAGCACUCGAGGAGCAAAAUCGCAUCAAGGACGAGCUGCGACGUGACGUGGGCAGCUCCAAGGAGAAAAUUGCCGAAAAGCAACAUGAGCUGGAGAAUGUUCGGGAUCAGUUGGGCGACGCAAAGAGUGACAAGCACGAAGAUGCCCGUCGCAAAAAGAAACAGGAGGUGGUCGAAUUGUUUAAGAAACAGGUGCCCGGCGUCUACGAUCGCAUGAUCAACAUGUGCCAGCCCACGCACAAGCGCUACAACGUGGCCGUCACCAAGGUGCUGGGCAAGUUUAUGGAAGCCAUCAUUGUGGACACUGAGAAAACAGCGCGCCAUUGCAUUCAGAUCUUGAAAGAGCAAAUGUUGGAGGUGGAGACCUUUCUGCCAUUGGACUACUUGCAAGUGAAGCCAUUGAAGGAGCGAUUGCGCAACAUCAGUGAGCCACGCAAUGUGCGGCUGGUCUUCGAUGUGCUUAAGUUCGAGCCGCAGGAGAUCGAGCGUGCCGUUCUGUUCGCCACUGGCAAUGCACUGGUUUGCGAAACGCCAGAGGAUGCAAUGAAGGUUGCCUACGAAAUCGAUCGAUCGCGUUUCGAUGCCCUUGCCCUGGAUGGCACAUUCUAUCAAAAGUCCGGUCUGAUCUCUGGUGGUAGUCACGAUUUGGCACGCAAAGCCAAACGCUGGGACGAAAAGCAUAUGGCGCAGCUAAAGAUGCAGAAGGAGCGCCUCAACGAGGAGCUCAAGGAGCUGGUAAAAAAGUCUCGCAAACAGAGCGAGCUAGCAACCGUUGAGUCACAGAUAAAGGGUCUCGAGAAUCGACUCAAAUACAGCAUGGUGGACUUGGAGUCAUCGAAAAAGUCUAUUAGCCAAUAUGAUAAUCAGUUGCAGCAGGUCCAGAGUCAGCUGGAUGACUUUGGGCCCAAGAUCAGCGAAAUCGAGCGUCGCAUGCAGGAUCGCGAGGAGCAUAUACAGGAGAUCAAGGAGAAUAUGAAUAAUGUGGAUGAUAAAGUAUUUGCCGCCUUCUGCCAUCGCCUGGGUUUGAAGAACAUACGCCAAUACGAGGAGCGCGAGUUGGUCAUGCAACAGGAACGGGCACGCAAACGUGCCGAGUUCGAGCAGCAAAUCGAUGGUAUUAACAACCAGCUGGACUUCGAGAAGCAAAAGGACACGCGAAAGAACGUUGGUCGCUGGGAACGCAGCGUACAGGAUGAGGAAGAUGCAUUGGAAGGCUUGAAAACGGCCGAGGCACGGUAUUUGAAGGAAAUGGAUGAGGAAAAGGAGAAAAUGGAGAAAUUCAAGCAGGAGAAGCAAGCCAAGAAGCAGGCAGUAGAUGACAUGGAAGAGGACAUUUCUAAAGCCCGAAGAGAUGUUGCAAACUUGGCGAAAGAAAUACACAAUGUUGGCAGCCAGAUGUCAUCAGCGGAGUCCAAGAUCGAGGCGAAGAAAAACGAGAGACAGAACAUAUUGUUGCAGGCCAAAACCGAUUGUAUUGUGGUACCGUUGCUGAAAGGUUCUCUGGACGAUGCUGUGCGCCAAAGUGAGGUAGAUAGUUUGGAGCCAUCGACGUCCAUGAUGAACGACAAUCUCAUUGAGGUAGAUUAUCGAUCACUGCCACGUGAGCUGUGCAAACUUAAAGAUGAUUCCGCCUUCAAGAAAACCAAUGAGCAACUGCUGAAGGAUCUGCAAGCCAAGCUGGAUGUGCUCGAGCGCAUACAAACGCCAAAUAUGAAGGCAAUGCAGAAACUGGAUCUUGUCACAGAGAAAGUGCAGUCCACAAACGAAGAGUUCGAGAAUGCGCGACGCAAAGCUAAGAAGGCUAAGGCUGCAUUUGAAAAGGUUAAGAAUGAGCGAUCCUCACGAUUUGUCCAAUGCUGUCAGCAUAUAUCUGAUGCCAUCGAUGGCAUUUACAAGAAACUGGCACGCAACGAAGCCGCCCAGGCGUACAUUGGACCUGAUAAUCCCGAGGAACCCUACCUCGAUGGCAUCAAUUACAAUUGUGUGGCACCCGGCAAACGUUUCCAGCCUAUGAGCAAUUUGAGUGGCGGUGAAAAAACCAUUGCAGCACUUGCUCUGCUCUUCUCUACACACAGCUAUCAUCCUGCGCCGUUCUUUGUGCUUGACGAGAUCGACGCCGCCUUGGAUAACACAAAUAUUGGCAAAGUCGCGUCGUAUAUCAGAGAUCAUACGACCAAUUUGCAGACAAUUGUCAUAUCUCUCAAGGAAGAGUUCUAUGGUCAUGCUGAUGCUCUGGUCGGCAUCACUCCAGCGGAGGGCGAUUGUCUCAUAUCAAAUGUCUAUAUAAUUGAUUUGACCUGCUACGAGGACAAAUGAGCUGGACACUUUUGACGCAAUUAAUCAUAAGUUUUAAUUUAUAAUCGAUUUUGCAGCCACUUUUUCCAAUUAAUAAAACAUUUAUUGAUGAUAA